UAUUUAGAUUUAACUAUUUAAUAUAUUUCUAAUUUAACAAAUAUUGCUGUAAAUGUGGUAAAAGGUGACGUUAAAAAAAUCACAAUACUUUUUUAAACAUUGUUUGAAGCUAAAUGUGGCAAAAUGUUGAUGUUAUUUUCAGCGUGAGACACUUUACAAACGGCACCCCAUAGUCCUCUCUGGCAGAUAUAAAUUUAUUUGAUGUGUACGCAACAGUGUUAGUUGUGUGCUGUUAUUUCAAGAGUUAGUGAAAAAUACAUCCACAAUUUCCACGAGCCCAAGAUGAUGACGUUAAAAUGCCUGAUUUGUCAGUCAGUCUGACGUUCUAACAAUGCAGCUAGGGAGCAUUCUUUGUAAAAGUAGAGAAGUUGUAUUUUGACACCUAAUGCAGAGAGCACCCAGCUAGGAGCAGUUCAUACUUAGGGUAUAAGUAAAGAAUGUAUACUGUAUCUUUUGACUACCGGGUGCCUAUUCUAAUAUGACAGGGUCCUGUAUGACCUAAUAAGUAGCACAACUAAAGUUAGCUCACUUUGGACAAAGAUAUGUCACUGAAACUCAGUGAAACAGCAAUACUUCAAACAUUAGCAACUGAAAAACCUUCAAAAAAGUCACAAACAUGCCUUUUUUAUUACAAAUGGUGAUUUUUGCCAAAAGUCAAAGUGUGUGCAGCUACGAUUAUAAGCAGUCAAACUGAUCUGAUUGUUCUCAGCCCAUUUUUUGAUUUGUAUUUUUCAUAUUCUCAUCUUUGUCUCUCUGUCAUUUUUUUUAAACUGCCAUUUAAUAAAGCUGUGUUGUAAUGAUCGUGCCCAUGGUGUGAUGGGUCUGCAGAGGAUUUCCCUGCCCGUUUCCUGACUCAGGACAUGUACAGCCUUUGAGGGUGGGCAGGUUGGUGCUAACGAUAUUCUGCAGACGUCUUUGUUUGUUGCAGCCUGUUCCUGCCCCUGUUUGGAGGCUGAUACAAACCAGACUGUGGCUGACGUACAGAAACAAACUCAGUGAUUGCUGUGUAAAACUGGAUCAACAGCUCCUGUGGCAGGUGGAGGUGGCUGGGGGUGGCAGGUUUACCUUAGAAUAGAGAACAGAGCAGAGUCUUCCUGAUUGGCUGAGCCUGGAGCAAAGUGGGCCCCAGAGGCAUCCUGUGCAGCCUUCAUCACCUUUACAUUUACUACCAUCCCAACCUACUCUGACUGUCUGCUGACUGUCAGAGGGAUAUCCACCAAGCGCUCGCACUGAACGGCCAACAUGCUCAGAGUUUUAAGGAAGAAGAGUAUAGGACCAGGACUCCUCAUGCUGGUGGUAGCCGUCCUCAUGGUUGUUUAUUUCUAUCUCAUUUGUACUGACUUCAGUACCAUCCGCCGCCAAUUACAUGUUAGAAAGGAUGGCAAUCACACAAAGCCACCCAACACAAAUACCCCCUAUGUUUACUCCUGGCCAAGAUGCAAACAAAAUAUGUCUGCUGCCAACAUCACAGACUUUUCCUCACUUCCUGGUAAUAUACAAGACUUUCUGUACUAUCGGCACUGUCGACACUUCCCAAUGAUACUGGAUAUUCCUGAUAAAUGUGGAGGAGCUAGUGGAUCUGCAGAAGUCUUCCUUCUACUGGUCAUUAAAAGCCCCCCUGCCAACCAUGACCGCCGAGAGAUGCUGCGCAAAACCUGGGCUAAAGAGCGGAAGCAAAAUGGCGCGCGGAUCCAAAGGAUCUUCAUCUCAGGAGUGACAAAUGAUGGUUUUGAGAAAUGGAGACUGAACAAAGUCCUCGAGCUGGAGCAACGUGAAUAUAAUGACAUCCUCCAAUGGGACUUCAAUGACUCAUUCUACAACCUGACUUUGAAGCAGAUGCUCUUCCUGGAAUGGAUGGAAAGAAACUGUCCACAUGUUCGCUUCCUGUUUAAUGGUGAUGAUGACGUCUUUGCCCACACAGACAACAUGGUUGAGUAUCUCCAAAGCCUCAAGGACAAUAAUGGAGACAAGCACCUCUUUACCGGCCAUGUGAUCCAGGGUGUUGGGCCUAUUCGAUUGCCUGAGAGUAAGUAUUAUAUUCCAGUUCAGGUGGAGGAGUCAGAGGAUUAUCCUCCAUACUGUGGUGGUGCGGGCUACCUCUUAUCUGGCUACACAGCUUUGGUCAUAUACAGUAUGUCCCACGACAUCAUUUUGCUUCCCAUUGAUGAUGUUUACAUGGGGAAAUGCCUGGCUAAAGCAGGACUUGGUCCUAGUUCCCACAUGGGGGUGAGGACAGCAGGACUGUACAUCCCCACCAGUUAUACAGAUAGAUUUGACCCUUGCUUUUAUCGAGACGUUCUACUUGUUCACAGAUUUGUUUCAGCGGAAAUGUAUGUUAUGUGGCACAGAGUGAAUGACCCCUUUCUGAAAUGCCACAACAGAACUGUAGUUUCAGGGAAACUUUGAAAUCAUAUAAACAUCUACAGAAAGAAUUAUGCUUGUCUGGGAUGGAUUUCUCUGGUUUUCUUCAGAUACAACACUACUUACAGAAGCAUGCAGAUUGGGAGCAGAUAUGUAAAUGACCUUCUAAUUCAGAAAGGAUCUUCCUGCUGACUAUGGACAAGGUGAUAAACAAGAAUCUGAUAACUCGCUUAUACAGAGGACUUCAUGAGUACAUAACAGGAAACACUAAGGAAACAAAACAGAAAUGGGAAUUGGAAGUCAACAUUAUUAUUAUUACAUGUGCAGGUGUGUUUGUGAUUGUGUAUAUGUGCAUAUAUUGUGAUACAGUGACAUUUGAUUAAGGUUUUUAUUUUUUUCGUCUGACUUUACACAACUUCUGGACUGGCAUAUAUGUGUCUGUUUAAACAUGUGGGUGAUUGCAUAUUAGAAUUAGGUAUUUUGGGUGCCUGUGUCCAUGUUGCCUCUGUGAACACAAUAUGAACAAGACAGGUCGAUGCAAAGUUUACAUUUGUCAUGUGAUACA